CUCCCACGUUUCCCUUCGACAGUCUCUCAGACCGCCGACGACCCCUUCCUAUGAGCGCCUAGCUUUUAUAUCAAGGUAAAUAUCGCCAGUAUGUCUGGAAGUGGUGUAAGGGCCGGUAGCAGCAAGCGAUCGCGCCACACAUGCCUGAACUGCCGAAGGAAAAAGGUGAAAUGUCAUGGCGAGCAACCCUCAUGCAGCUUCUGCGCCCGACUCCUUCAGAAGUGUGUCUAUCCGAACCAAGGCUGGACAACAAUGGCCCACCGGUCGUCAAUCUUUGGUGAUCCUGAGGCAGAAAACGAGAUCUACGCCGAUUUUGCUCUUAGCACGCCGCGCAUUGAACCGCAAUUAAGCAGCGCCUCAAGGGAGAUCAAUACAGCUGAAAUGGUGCCGCCGAUAGACUGGCAACUCCUCGCGGAUAUUCCGCAGAUACUCUCUGUUGGCCAACCAUCUCACACCCUGGCCGAAGGCCAAGUCACCGCGUCGACCGCUCUUCCACCAAGUCACGUCUUGCACGCAACCGUGGACCUCUAUUUCGAGCUUUGCCACAAUCAACCAUACUGUUUUUUUCACGAAGCAACGUUCAGGUUUCAAUUGUUUAACGGCCAGCUGCCACAGUACCUGCUUUUGGCUGUGCUCGCAAUGUCCCGACGAUUCUCGCACGAUCCGUUCUACGAGAACAAUGGUCUCCAUUCGAGCGAGAGAUAUGCUUCAGAAGCUUGGAGUGAGGUUGUUCGACAAGCGUUCGAUUCUGAAAGCGGGCUCAAUCAUCGCUUGGUUCAAGCAGCCACUAUGCUAGCGAUCUACGAUUUUACAGCAUGCAAGCAUGGAACCGCCUGGAUCAAGAUAGGGGUCGCAGUUAGUCUUGCACAGGCUUUGAGGAUGAUGACAGAACCCUCCCCUACAUUGCCUUUCUCCACUCAGGAGGAACUCCGCCGUACUUUAUGGUCCAUAUUCCUCCUCGAUAAAAUGGCGACUUGCGGUAGGGACCGACCAUCGCUAUUCUUGGAUCGAACUAUCGACCUGCAGCUGCCCUGCAAUGAAGACUCCUUCACGACCUCGACGCCCGAAAAGGUCGUCACUUUAGAAAAUCUGCCCCAUCUUGAUGACUCAGAAAUGGAAAGUCUAAGGUCAUUUGCACCAUCAAUAGGUCUUGCAUCUAUCCUGAGUCAAAGCGCAAGCUAUGCUUUCGAACACAAUAAGAGCGCCGGUCAGCAGCCGCCAUGGGUUCAUACGUCUGAGUAUCAAUCCAUUUGUUCCCGGCUCACACGCUUUGAGACGUUCUUUGACUGCUAUGGAGAUAUGCAGGAGCACAUUUUAAACAACGAACACACGAGCCACAGAGGUACCAAACAGGUCACUGAGUCCGACAUCUUUGCUUUUGUCCUGUAUCAUCUCUGCUACUGUUUACUACAUCACCCAUUUUUGCUUCGACGUCGAUUAGAGAGAUGUGGAACCAGAGCUCCUGUUAGCUUUCUUACCCAAGCACUCGAAAGUUGUUCGAGCCAUGCCCAAGAACUCACACGGACUUUGGCAAACGCAAGAUACGCAGGAUACCGAGUGUCAGCAACGUUCUUCAGCUACAGUUUACUUGUAGCCGGCUCGAUACACAGCUUGUUUCAACAUUCUCCUAACGCCGUCACUGGUUCGAGAUCGCUGGAAGCUUUGCAGAAUUGUAUGACACACAUUACCGAAAAGGCCAGAUACUGGAAAAGCUCACUUCGAAUGGCGAGGGCACUUUCGCAGUUCUCUCUUGACUCGGCUCGCUACGCUUUCUUGAUCGAAUCCUCUGCCCAGAUCAUGUCCCUAGAACCUGCAGAUAUCGAACAGCUUUACGCUCUCUGUGAUUACGGGACGAUGUCUAUGCCCUCAAGUGAUGGUUUGUCUGAUACAGGCACGAAAGAUGCUGGAAUACCCGGACUCAUGCAUGCUGCACUCAUGGGGGAAAGAAGUCCGACUGUGGCAUAUGAAGAAUAUGGCGGUCAUAUUGAUGGUAUCAUACCGCAGAUGUUUGGCCACCACGAUGCCAGUACUAUGAUGGACAACUUUUACUCCGCCCUCGGUGGACCCAAUGGACUCAACGAUGCUACAGCUGGUCCGUAAGGGCUUCAAGUGCGAGGAUGUUCUAAUUGCUUACA